AUCAUUUAGCGCUUGUGUUCUGUGAUUUAGCGCAAUGAAUGAUGGAAAUGCAUUUACUUUACCAAUAAACACAACAAAUAUAAUAUCUGGUUUGGGCAAAUGCACGAAAAGAGGUUCGAAAAAAUGCUUUAAAUGUGAUAAAUUUAACGGAACUAAAAGUUUAACAUGUAAAAGUUGUGGUGUAGUUUUGCGCACAGCCCCUGAAGAGAAAUGCAAGGUAAACUUAGAUGCUGUACAAUUAAAUACUGGAACAUUAAGGCAAGUUUACUCUGUGAGAGUUAGAGAUGGGGGCCCAGAUCAAAGAGGUUUUGUGCAGUUGCCUUUUAGGGGUGAAAAAAACGGCAGCAUCGCACUUUCAGAAGUUGCUUUGUGCUUUGUUGACUCUUGUCAACGCCUAUUUGAUGAUUCGAUAUUAAAAUGCCACGAAGAGACGAUAAACAGUGACAAUUUAUUCUGUCAACACAUCAAGGAGGCUUCAAAAAGUCAAAAAAUGGCCACUGAUAUUAACAUAAAGCACAGCACACUGCAUAGUCUGAAAGUUACUGAUGAAAUUAGGAUGAAGUUGUAUGUUUUGGCUACGGAAAAAGAAGGCCCGCUUGUACAGAGAGUUUCUAAGCAUGUUUUGGCUGUUAAGUGUCAAGUUUCACCUAAGCACCCCUUAGGGUAUUUGCAUUUUUGUUUUUUAAACUUGAAAGGGAGGGAUGUUUACGACAAAUACUACUGCUCAUGCGCAGAGUUUAAAUUUUCUAGUAAUAUAAGUCACAAAUGUAUACAUUAUUUUGCUUGCAUAUGGGCCUUUGCAAGCAAUGAAAAAUAUGUAGAAGAAUUUAACACAUUUUUAAACCACGAAUUCCCCGUAACAUCAAAAUCUUCAGAUAUUAUAGUUAAAGAAAUAUCCAAAACACUACCAACCACACAAAGCCUAAAACCCAAGCUAAAAAGAAAAAGGAAAAAUAAAAACGAUAAUAAGGAUGUGAAAAAAUCUCAACUAUUAAUGCCCAAGAUUUUUCCAGUACACAUAAAAAUUCUGAACGGUGAAAAUGAUGGGAAUAAAUCUGUAUCAUGGGAAUAUAAUGAUUGGCUAACUUAUGUAACAGAAUCAAUAAAUAAUUCUAUGCAAUUUGAGAAUUGUGGAUUGUUAAAUACACAAGUUUUUCAUAUCCCAGAGGAGUUUUAUUUAUUUUUCAAAUCAAAAAUACCACAAAUUUAUUUAGAAAACAAAAUAAGUGGCAUCAAAAAUGAGGAAUUAUUCCACAUAAUGAACAUUUUACACGUAAAAGAAAUAUUCGACACCCCAACUAUCAAACUUCGCCUGUCAAAAAAAUUUGUUCACAACCGACUCACCGGGUUCAUAGAAGACGAAAAAAACGAGUCGUCCUCGGACACGAGUUUCAUUUUUUUCAUGAACGUGGGCCAAUCGACGAUCGACGAAAGUGACAAUACUAAUAACUCGUUUUUCAUUGGUUGGCUGCCGAAUGUUACGAGCGUCACUAAAGUGGGUCAGCUUAAGUUGCAGUACAAAUACGGCAGGAAAAGUACUUGUGUUUUAAGCGAAUAAAAAUUAUUGAUUGAUUAAU